GAAUGAAGGAACUUCCCAAGAACAAAAUACGAAGAUCUAAAAUAAGACAAGAGACCAAGUUUAUGAAGAAGAAACAAAAGAAGAAGGAAAAGGAACAACGAAAAAGGGAAGCAGAAGCCAGAGGAGAGGAUUGGAGAAAACCUCCUUUAACCUUGGAGGAUAAAAGAGUCCAAAUAGUAGGUUUUCAGCCUGAAGACCGUGUUGUUAUUGAUUACACGUUGUUUGAUGAGUUUUCAGACGUAUUCUCAGGAGCAGUUAUACCGAAAGUUGUUGUCGUGCCUGGUUUAAAAGCCACAAGGAUGACUUAUAACUUUAUUUCAGAGUUACUUCAAAUAAUACCCAAUUCUGUAUUUUAUGAAAGGAAAAAGUCCUCUUUGAAUCAAGCAAGUGUAAAGGCCGCAGAAAAGGGUUUUACCGAUGUCAUCUUUACAGAAGAAAAUAGAAAACAAAUAACUGGCCUCUUUCACGUUCAUCUUCCUCAUGGUCCUUGUGCAUAUUAUAGUAUUCGAAGUUAUGUUCCUUGUAAAAAAGUGGUUGGUCAUGGAAGAAGCACUGCAUCCAAGCCUGAAGUUAUUUUAAGUCAUUUUACAACUCAACUGGGUAUUCGUAUUGCAAGAAUGUUAGGAGCUUUAUUUGCUUUGGAACCAGAAUAUUCUGGUAGACAAGUUGUUACUUUACAUAAUCAACGGGAUUUUAUAUUUUUUCGAUUUCAUCGUUAUCAGUUUGAUGACCGCGGGGUUAAGGUUUCACUUCAGGAACAAGGACCACGUUUUACUCUUCAAUUACAACAGUUGACCAAAGGUCUUCCAGGAAAUGACGAUGCGGAGAUAGAAUUUCGCAAGAAGAAGAAAGCUAGCAAAUAUGAGUUUUUCCUCUAAAAAUGGUAGAGAUAGGCACUAUAGAAUAUGGUUUAUCCAUCAAGAUAAGCAAAAGGAUAUCUUUUGUCUUUUAAAUACUUGCAGAUAGUCCAUGAGGAGGAAUAUAACCAGUAAUAAGCAAUUCUUAGGUUGUUCAUACAACAAAGU